UUUGCUCGUAUUUCUUUUUUUUUUUUUGAGUCAUCGUUGUUCUCCUGGCUGAGGUUGAUAUCCGUAUAAAUUGAUUGAAGCAAAUUCGUUUGGGCACAGUUCGAUCGCUUGGCUCUUAGAGUAAACAACUAAUUCAAAAAUGGCUUUCAAGUUCGUUACCUUCCUUGCCCUGGUGGCCGUUGCCCGUGCUGGACUCAUCGCUUCCCCAGCUGUGUCCUAUGCUGCUGCUCCAGCUCAUGUGGCCUACGCUGCUCCAGCUCAGGUAGCUUAUGCUGCUCCUUUGACCAAGACUGUCGCCUACGCCGCCCCAAUUGCCAAGACUGUUGUCGCUGCCCCAAUUGCCAAGACCGUCGUUGCUGAGGAAUACGAUGCCCAUCCAGAAUACUCUUUCUCGUACGGAAUCUCCGAUGCCCUGACCGGUGACCAGAAGUCCCAGCAGGAAUCCCGCAGCGGUGAUGUUGUCCAGGGAUCUUACUCCUUGGUUGACCCAGAUGGCACCAAGCGUACUGUCGAAUACACUGCUGAUCCUAUCCACGGAUUCAACGCCGUUGUCCAUCGUGAACCUUUGGCCAAGGCUGUUGUUGCUGCCCCAGUCAUUGCCGCCAAGACCGUUGUUGCCGCUCCAGUUGCCAAGACCGUGAUUGCUCAGCCAGCUUAUGCUUCGUACGCCGCUCCAGUUGCCAAGACCUACGUCUCGCAGCCAGCUUAUGCCUCGUACGCCGCUCCUUUGGCCACCAAGACUGUCAUCUCCCAGCCAGCCUAUGCCUCGUACGCCGCUCCUCUGGCCACCAAGACCAUCGUCUCGCAGCCAGCUUAUGCUUCGUACGCCGCCCCAGCCAGCUACGCUUACCACCACUAAGAAAACCGCUGACCCAUUUGUUGACUGAACCCCUUCCUACUAGUGACUAGUGAACCAAACUGUUGAAUAGAUGAAAAAUCAUCCAUAAACUAA